AUGUCCUUCACACUACUCCUUCUCGUUUUCUCCAUCCCCAUGUUCAGUGGUCUUGAGUUGAGGACGAAGCGGUCCGUGGCACCGUUUUUGGGCUCCGGAGGCUCUACAUCCAACGCAAUGCUGAUUCCUUAUAAUAAUUGGCAUUGUGGAAGCGAGGGCAUCUCGAGGAACUUUUCGUAUGGCGUUGUUCAGAAGGAUUGCCCAACUCUUGCAGCCGCUCUCAAUCACUGCUGCGCAAUCCAUGACGAUUGUUAUGGACGACAAGACGGGCAGGAGAAGUGUGACGAGGAAUUCUGCGAGUGCAACCGGAUGGUGACUCGUCUACCCACCGAGGAAGGAUACAAAUGCCGGGCUGCCAUGAACGAUGCAUGCCGUAUCCUUCGGAUUGUGGGGAUGUUUGCCUACGGUAGCUCAGACUACACGGAUCCAACGAAGCCAGCCGGAAACGAGGAGCUUGUGCCACAGACGGUGCCGAGCAUUGAUUAUGAUCAUUUGUACAGUAAUUGCCCACAUGUCAACAUCACCCUUGCCUCGUGUUCAUUGAAUUUCGAUCUCUGCACAUCCGUCCAUUCAAUCGACUUCUGUGCCAAUGAUCUUUGUCACUGCAUGAUGGAUGCCGCGGAGUCAGACAAACUUCACCAACACUGCUUACCUGCAGUUGCUCAUUCUUGCAGAGGAAUUUUGAACUAUUCCAGUAAAGUGCUUGCAGAGCGAAAAUCUGCAAAGAUAUUUAUGAUUCUCGCUCUUGUCGUUGUUGCCGUUGUUUCUAUCGGGUUCGGGGUUUAUUACAUGUACAGCAAGUCGAAUAACGAGCGCAACAAGACGACGGACGAAGGAAAAUACCUGCAAAUCCAUACAGUUGAAUCGGCUCGAUCAGUCAACCCGUUGCUCACCAACGCCGAUUGA